AUGUCAAGGAUCCUAACAGCCUCCAACACGGAGCAGGAGCUUCUCGCCGUUGCUAAAGGGCUGGGUAGCUCAAGUUUCACGGCACGCGACGCGCGCGAGUACCACUUGCGUCGGGACGCUAUCGUCCGAGUUACAGAAGAAAUCGACCGUCGCGUGGUUUCGUGGAAUUCAGCAGAUAUUUUCCAGCACGGGGAAGUUGGUGGGGUCGUUUUGGUAAAGUCCGAGGAUGAUGUUCCCACUGAGUGGGUCGACAUGCUGAUCUCUGGAAUUGGUUUGUGCCAAGUCCAACGCAGUAGUCUCGUAGUGUGCGACCACGCGAGGAUCUCGGAAAUGAACCCGAUCUGGAACUAA